AGACGGGGUGUAGUCUGUUGCAAUGUUUAUUUUGAUUGGUUGACACUGCGCACACCUCUGUAUCAACCUUGACCCUGUCAAACAGAAACGACUCGUGCACAAAUUAGACGUAAAAAUGUUUCUGGCAAGAAAUUCCCGUGCUGUCAGCCGAACUUUAAAUCUUGUAUAUGUAAGGGGUUUGUCAUCAGGGGCCUUUAACUUUGAUACAUAUGUGGCCAAAAAUGAACCAAUGCCAACAUAUGCUCCUGGAACCAAGGAAAGACAACUCCUUGAAGACAAGAUAAAAAGUUAUGAUGGUAAAGUCAGAGAUAUUCCAAUUGUGAUAGGUGAUGAAGAGAUUCGCACUAAAGAUGUUCACAGUCAAGUUUGUCCAUUUGACCAUCACAGAAAAAUAGCCACUUUUUCAUAUGCAACAAAGGACAUUGUCAACAAAGGUAUAGCUAACAGUUUAGCAGCUAGGAAAGCUUGGGAGAGAACACCGCUAGAGAAGAGAGCAGAAAUCUUCGCUAGAGCAGCUGAACUAAUGGCAACCAAAUACAGAUAUGACCUUUUAGCCACAACUAUGCUGGGUCAGGCAAAGAACAUUUGGCAAGCUGAAAUAGAUGCUGCAGCUGAAUUGAUAGAUUUCCUCAGAUUUAAUGUACAAUUUGCUAGAGAGUUAACAAAAUACCAGCCACUUAGUCCUAGCCCAGAAGAGACAAACACAGUUAGAUACAGAGGUGUUGAGGGAUUUUGGGCAGCUGUUACACCGUUCAACUUUACAGCUAUAGGAGGGCAUCUACCAGCAGCACCAGCUUUAAUGGGAAAUGUAAGCCUGUGGAAGCCAUCUGAUACAGCCAUGUUAUCAAACUAUACAGUAUAUGAGAUUUACAGAGAAGCCGGUCUUCCUGCUGGUGUGAUCAACUUUAUACCGGCUGAUGGACCGGUGUUUGGCGAUACGGUAACUGCUUCACCAGAUUUAGCGGGAAUAAACUUCACCGGAAGUGUAGGGACAUUUAGAAGAUUAUGGAAACAGGUUGGUCAGAAUCUGGAUAAUUAUAAAGGAUAUCCCAGACUAAUUGGAGAAUGUGGAGGUAAGAACAUGCACUUUGUUCACCCCACAGCCAAAAUAGAUCAGGUAUUCCUUGGUGCCAUUCAAAGUGGUUUCGAAUAUUCGGGUCAGAAAUGUUCAGCAUUAUCUAGAAUGUACAUACCAGAGUCAUUGUGGCCGGAAGUCAAGGAGAAUAUGAAAAGAAUCCAUAAACAGAUUGUUGUGGGAACACCUCUUCAUGGGGAAACAUUUGUAUCAGCUGUGAUAGAUGAUAAGGCUUUCGCAAGAUGUAAAAGUUACCUGGAUCAUGCAAAAAAAUCUCCUGAUUUGAAGAUUGUGGCAGGUGGUAAUUGUGAUGACAGUAAAGGAUAUUUUAUAGAACCAACAAUUGUUGAGUCACACAAUCCUAAAGAGAAGAUCUUGAAGGAGGAAAUAUUCGGUCCCAUUGUUACGGUGUAUGUGUACCCAGAUCAGAAGUAUCGUGAAACAGCUGAACUUGCCGCAGAAACUUCACCAUACGCUUUAACGGGAGCUAUAUACGCAGAUGACCCUAACGCUAUAGAAGAAUUAUCAGAUAUAUUCCUUGACUCUGCUGGCAAUUUCUACAUCAAUGACAAAUCCACCGGUUCUGUUGUCGGCCAACAACCAUUUGGCGGUACCCGGCUUUCAGGAACAAAUGAUAAAGCAGGAGGACCCUACUACUUGUUGAAGUUUGUAUCACCACAGUCAAUAAAAACACGUAAUGUACCGAAAACUACGUGGAAAUACCCCAGUAUGGAAGAUUCUCCUUCUGAUUUUAAAGUUGACAAACAAGCAUUCCCACAUGUGAAGUAAGAUGCCCAACUAAACAACAGCAGAAGACACUCUAAAAACUUAACAGAUGCUACGGAAUUGAACAAACUAAAGUGAUGUUACAUAAUCAUAUAUAAAUACUCAUUUAUUUUGACAGUCUUGACAGAAGAACUUGUUUACGGUAUUGGUUUGUUUUUGAGGAAAUAAUUUGUUUGUUUUACAAUUAUUUGUUUUUUUUUUUAUUUUGAACAGAGAAUUUCUUUACAGUAUUUCUUUUGAUCAAAGAAUUAGUUUAGAAUAUUUGUUUGUUUUUAAUGAUGAAUGUUUUUACUCUUUUUCUUUUGAUGAACCAUUGGUCUAUUUACAGUAUAUUUGUUGUUUUAAAACAAAAUGUUGUGUACAAAAAUUGUUUGUUUUGAUUACAAUAUAUCUGUUAUUUAAGCAGUAAGACUUAUAUUGUUAAAGAUUUUUUUUAGCUCCGUGAAUGUGUACAUUUUAUACAAGUUAUAUAAAGUUAUAUCACAUUACACGUGUAUUCAUUUGGUAAAUUAAUAUGAUAAUGUCCCCUUAGUGCAGAUAACUCUUACUAAAUUAGUAGUAGGAGUUAUCCUGUUACUGCACUUAGGUGACCUUAUCAAGUUGUAAGAGAUUUUAUUGGAAAUUUACUAAUGGAAAUAUUAUUUUCUAAAGCUACUGAUUGUCAUCGGCUGUUAUGGAAUCUCAGAAUAGCACUAUGUAUCAAAGUUAACUACGUGUAAUAAUAAGAUACUCGAUACUUUACAUUAUGCUUUUAUUAUUAACAUUAUUUUUUUGGUUGUUUUUUUGUAUGGAAUAUUGUUUUGCAUCAUAGUGCUAAAAUGAACUAAAAUAGAUCAUGAUGUUAAAAUGGCAGAAGAUUUUCAUUUUUGAGUGUAUUGUCAUAUAAUGUUGGAAAGUACAGAGUCCAGUAAAUGCCUUAGGAAUAUGUAUACAUGUAUAUAAUAUAAAACCAUUUGUUGGGUUAAAAAAAAGAUAUUUAUAUACUUUGCAUAAUAAUAUUACAAAACUCUUUACAUUAAAAUAUUUUUUUCUAUAAUAGUAAAAAUAAUUUUUCAUUGGCUACCUUUAAGAAUAGCAAAGCAUCAUCCCAACCUUGCACAUUUUAUGUAGUUUAAAAAUUGGACACAGCUAGAUACUGUACACUGAUAAUUAAUGUCUUUCAUCACUCUGAUUGAACAAAUACAGUAAAGACUUGGAAAACUGUAACCUUUUGAAAACUGGACCCUCUGAAGACGGAAACCUCUGAAAAACUGAAACCUCUGAAAACCUCUGAAAGCCAAGGUACAAAUGUGUUUUGUUACAUAAGGAGUUAUAAGAAAGAAAUGAAAUUUCUUGCAAUGUAAACAUGAUUGAUUUUUGGCUAAGCCAUUGAUUGGAUGGUCAUUAUUUAGUUUGAAGUGUCUUUUACCUGUUAAAUCUUUGAAUACCUAUGGUGUGGUUUUAUUUUGAAGUCUUAGUAUAUUAAAAUUUGCCUAAAAGCCUUUGUUUUGACAUUUAGCUUUUUGAUUAUUUGUGGGUUUAUUUUAACUAAUACUCAUUUAAGGAAUAUGUUUUGUGAGGUGAUAAGCAUCAUAUAUUUUUUGUUGAUUUUGAACAACAUUAUUUUUGAAUCUCAUUUUAUUGCUUGAUUAUUAUUUGUGAUUUAUUUCAUUUUUGAUGGGCCAUUAACACUUGUGUUUUGUACAAAUAAAUGAAAUGCUGUGGUAGAAUGCUUCAUACCUGAUUGUUGUGUGAUACUGUGUUGUUGUUUGUUUGUUGUUUUAUUUUUCGUUUUUUUAAAUGCAGAAUGAAACUACAAAAUUAUUCACAAAGACCAUAAAUGGGUUACCGUAAUUGAAUAUUGAAAAUAACAUUGCAGACAGGAACCUAUGGAAAGUGCAAAUAAAUACAUGUACAACUAGUAGAGUUUUAUAAUAUAUGUAAGUAAAAUAUACAUGUAAUUAUUUUCUUUGUUAUAAUCCAUUAUUGUUAAAAGGUUUUCUCUCUCUGAGCUGAUGUGCAGUCAUCUGACAUGUUCAUUAGGCAAGGGCAGUAACUAUGUCUAUAUUUUUCUGGAGGGCAUUCUACUUUUAGUUAUGGGUGGUUGAUUGUGAUAUACAUGUAUAUUUUGUUAUAUUUUUAGCAUAAUAUUUGAACAGAAUUCCACUGCAUAUUGAUGGAUUUUGAGUUUUUGGGUGUAACCCAUAGUAAUAUCUUUUUAUGGGUUCUUUCAUAACUACCCAUUUGGACACUUUAUGUAUCACUUCAUAUUGAUAUUCUGUCUAUUAAUUAACAUUAACAAGUGUAGAAACAAGACUAAACAAGUCGUAUUACUCAUUUGAUAAAAUAUAUUGUUUGAACAUGUACAUACUUUGUACAUACAUAGCCAUUUUAACACCCAAUAUGGAAUGUUGGAUUUUGGAACUCAUUUUAUGUUCAAUUUUAUAAAUACUCUCAAAGAUUUUUUUUCUUUUUCCAUUAUCACUUUAUUGCCUCCAAAAUACAUGUAGUAAAAAACACAACUCCAAAACUUUAGAAAACUAUAAUAUUGAAUGAUUUAUAAAAUGACUAUGACUUAACUGCAUGUUUCAUGCAAAAUUUAUCAACAUAUAUAUUAUACCACUAGAAUGUUGCUUAUGAAACAUCAUUGUUCUAUUUCUACACUGAAAAAAAUAUUUCUAUCAAUAUCUGAUUAUUUUGGACAAUCUUUGGAAUCAGUUGUUAAAUUUUCUGUAAAAGAAAGAUAAAUCUGGUGGCCUGGCUAAUAUGAUUUGUCAUUUAUUCGAAUAACAAAAGAUUUAGGUCAAAAAUUCUUAUUGUAAUGCACUAAUCUGAUAAUUUGGAUCAGCCACUGUUAGGGUCAUUUAAAGAUCUAUCCAUUUUAAAGUAAAUCUCACAUGUUUAUCGAUAUUUUAAGGGUGAUGGAUUUAAUAUAAGUAUGCACAUUUUUCGUUUUCUUUUUGUAUUUGAAUAAUGUGUGUAAUAUUGUCUAUGAAAUCUAAUAAAAAUAUACCAAGAAUAUAUAAGUAUUA